AACAAAUAGACAGUUUCACAAUUUUACAAAAAAAUCACAGAAAUUAAAUUGGGCAAAUAAGAAGACACCGGCUUGAUAGAAAUAAAAAAACAGCUAUUUUAAUUAAUUUUGGGCAAGCCGGGUAUUACACAAUCUAAUCGGCGAUCACAAUUUUUGAUAAUUCAAUGUUUGUAAACAUCAGACUUUUUGCAAAUAAUUUUUUUUAAUUAAAUGAAGUAGUGGUCAUUUUGGUUCAAGUUUGGAGCGUUGCUUGAAACCUAAUCCUAACCUUACUAUGUAGUAGGUAACAAAAAGUUCAGUUUUUACAAUUAGUGCCAUUUUUUACUAUGAAUUUAAAUGAAAUACCGAAAACGGUCGCAUUGGCCACAUCAGAGUGCCCCCCUGAGUGCCGGAAUAAUAUUCUGAAAGUGGCAUUGUCAAUAAAUCAGUCUCCGACACAAGAUCGCCUGAAAGUCAUAGAAAAAAUAUCAAAUGAUUUUAAUUUAUCUAAAGAAAAAAUCAUCGAAAUUUUGGGUAUAUAUUUAGCAAUUAUUCGCACUUUUGUGGAAUCUACUGAUAAAGAAUUUAACGCAAAGUUAAUGGAAUUGGGAUUUUCAAAUGAAUUUGUUGAGGAAUUGCCAUUAAUUAAUAACAGAACCAAAGUUACGGAUACCAUUUUGAGUUCAAGAAGAGGCGAAUUUAAUAAACUUGUUUCGUUAAAAUGGAGAGUUGAUAUUAGUUUAACUAACAGUGCUCUUGUUAAAAAAAUGCCGACGAGUGUAAUAUUGUGCCUUCAAUUGAAAAAUGGUCGUAAAUAUACUAUCAAUUUAAACAUUAAAACAUUCCACAAGUUAAGAUUUAAUGUCGCGCUAAUUAUGAAAGAAAUAAACCAAUUGAAUAAAUAAAUAAAUAAACAUU